UUUUUUUUUUUUUUUUCUCCCGUUUAUAUCAGCACGGUCUGUCACAAACCAACGCGAAGCGAGUGAAAGAGAAAGACAAGUGUGUCUCUUUCUGAAAAUUUCGCGCGAGACGUGCAUAUCUAUCUAUCUCUUUCUGACAGUGAAACGUUCGCCCCACUAAUGGGUUUGCGCGCGCCGUUAUAAAUAUUCUGCGCUCAACAAAAAUUGACACAGACGGUCUCGACGCGCGCUCGCCGUUACACGUUCACUUUGUGUGUUGAUUUAUUUCUCUACAAACUACAAACAACAUGUCGGGUCGCGGCAAGGGUGGCAAGGUCAAGGGAAAGGCAAAGUCCAGGUCCAACCGUGCCGGUCUCCAGUUCCCCGUCGGUCGUAUCCACAGGCUUCUGCGUAAGGGCAAUUACGCCGAGCGUGUCGGUGCCGGUGCGCCCGUGUACCUGGCCGCCGUCAUGGAGUACCUGGCCGCUGAAGUGCUCGAGUUGGCCGGUAACGCGGCUCGUGACAACAAGAAGACCAGGAUCAUCCCGAGACAUCUACAACUGGCGAUACGCAACGACGAGGAAUUGAACAAGCUCCUCUCCGGCGUCACCAUCGCCCAGGGUGGUGUGCUGCCCAACAUCCAGGCCGUGCUCUUGCCCAAGAAGACCGAGAAGAAGGCAUAAAUCGCCGCCGCGUUUUCGCAUCAUUUAUGUAUGCUGCACUC